CCACCAUAUGAAUGUCAAGAUCUCUGUUGUCUGCUACUAGUAGGAUGUAAACAAAUAGAUCUAUCCUUCAAGAUAUUUUGAUGAGGGAAUUUCGUUUUCGAGUAAUACGUCUUUAGUGUUAGUUUUGUACUAAAGACCUUUCUACUAAUUCCGCUCACUGCAUCAAUUGGAUCAUAUUCUUCAAAAUAUAGAUUCAUAAUGAUAUAUUGUUCAGUUAAUGGAUGCUACAGCAAUGACCAAUUUGGAAAGAAGAGAAAGUUUUAUAAAUUUCCAGUUACAUACGAGAGAUCUAAAGUGUGGCAUAAAUUUUGUUGUGAUCCUACUCAAGAUCGACGGAACAGGAGAUACAUUUGUGACUUACAUUUUCUAGAUUCGGAUUAUGAUCCUAAUAAUCUGCACCGUUUGAGAAGGAAUGCAGUUCCAUCAAUCAACGGUCCUGAAAGGAAAUCUAAGUAUCCAUCAAGUACUCUACCUAAAGGCAAAUUUGUUCUUGACACUUCUCUUGAUUGUGCACUUAUACUAAAUGGUGUCAAUACUAAUAAAUUGAGUGAAAAGGCAGGUGAUAAAAAUGAAUGUACUAGUACAGGUUCAAACUUAGGUGAUCAGUUACAUGAUGUUCCACGAUAUUUUGUUGAACAUAACUAUUCUUUGGAUUUUUCUCACUCAAUGGAAAUCCCCCAAGAACAUAUUCAACCUGAUUCUUCAAAUGAAACCUCCAUUCAGAGUUUUCAAAAACAUAUACACCCAAUUAAUAAAUGUUUUCUGGCUAAUCAGAAACAUCAUCAACCAGUAAUAUCAACUCUUAAUUCAAAUAAUCAGGAAAAUAAGAAAUGUGAAGGGAAAGAAAAGCAUAGCGAAAUUUUUAAAACACCUUCUACGGUUUUUAAUAAACUUGUAUCCAAUGGGCAAUUAUCAGAAAAUUCUUCACAGACUGAUGAUGAAGAUUUAGUUGCAAUUACUAUAGAGAUACCUUCAUGUGGUGAGUAUGUAGCUACAUCAAAUUUACAAUUUGGAAUAGCUAAUGUCAAAUCUCUUAACGAAAAUAGUUCUGCAGAGAGUUUCCAUCACCUCUCUUCUAAUAUUUCCAGUGUUACAGAAUCAAGGCUCCCUUUACAGGAAGAGAAUGAAAUACAAUCUUCUGGUUCUCUUGAAAUACCUCCUGUUUGUUCCUCUAACACUCUGAAAAAUGGCACAAUCAAUUACAAAAAAAGAAAAUUAGUAAAAAAAUAUAAAAACAUUAAAAAAAGAUAUUUAGGUUUUUCUCUUAAUCCUGAUAAUCCUAAAUAUUCUAUUGCUGCAACUGCACAAUCCUUGGGUAAAAACAGUUCUUCAUUCCUCCAUCCCAUAGAUCACGUUGAUUUAAAUAAAGGAGAGUGGUAUAAACUAUAUACACCAAGUGGAGUAAGCUUUCCAAAAAUGACUGAGUCUCAUAUUGGUCCAAUGGUGAACCAAUUGAGGGCUAAGCUUCCAGUACUCAAUGAUAGGGAUAAACUUGAAGUUUCAUUUAUACUCUCAAUGAUGUCUAUAUAUCCAGAUGUACCAAAACCUAUUAAGGAGCAGAUGUUCCAAAGACUUAGUUUGGUUUUUAUUGCCACUAUGUUUAAAUGGGAUACAGCAAUAGCAUUAGCUAUGAAGGAUGAAAAUUAUCCACCUUUCAUUCCUACUGGGUCAUCACAUAACACAGCUUCUACUCUAGAAGAUGUGGUUUCCAAUGUUCCUACUGUGUUAGAUAAUUCAUCGACUGAAUUCAGAAAAGAACUAUCAAAUACAAUUUCAAAGUGUGAUUCAACAAAAUCACCUAAGGAAAAAAAACCACAAAACCGUACUAUCCCUAUAAAAACACCUCCUCACUUUCCUUUUGAAAUUAUUGUUCAAGGAAAAGGAUCAAAAACUAAGAAAUACGUAAACGUUUAAAUACCAUCACACCAUAACUGUUUGAAAAUUAUGGUCGAAUUUUACCAAUAAUGUUAAAUGUAUAUAAUUAAUGUUAAGAUAAUAAACUUGUUCAUUUGAAA